CAAAGUAUCUAUAAAUAGAGGAACCCUAAGCUCUGCUUCAUCAUCAAUCACUUAACUCGGAUACUUUUAAGGAGAAAAAUGGCGAUCUCAAAGACAUUUCUUCUUCUUGGCUUUGCAUUAGCUAUUGUAGUUCUUAUCUCAGCUCGUCACCUUGCUGCUGACACUGUUAAAAGUAAGGAGAAUGCAAAUGUUGAUGGGCAUGGUGGAAAUGGCAAUUAUGGAUAUGGAAAAGGCGGGCAAGGAUCAGGGAAAGGCGAAUAUGGCGGAGGACAUGGAUCAGGUAAAGGCGAAUAUGGCGGAGGGCAUGGAUCGGGAAAAGGCGAAUAUGGCGGAGGGCAUGGAUCGGGAAAAGGCGAAUAUGGCGGAGGGCAUGGAUCGGGAAAAGGCGAAUAUGGCGGAGGGCAUGGAUCGGGCAAAGGCGAAUAUGGCGGAGGGCAUGGAUCGGGCAAAGGCGAAUAUGGCGGAGGGCAUGGAUCAGGAAAAGGCGAAUAUGGUGGCGGGCAUGGAUCAGGAAAAGGCGAAUAUGGCGGAGGUGGAUAUGGCAAAGGCUAUGGAUCAGAGAAAGGCGGAGGGCAUGGUUCAGGAAAAGGCGAAUAUGGAAAAGGAGGUGGAUAUGGGAGUGGGAACAACGGUGGACAUGGUAGCGGAAAGGGAGGUUACCACGGUGGGGCAGAUGAAGCUGAAAACUAGACAUAUAUAUAUAAACCCUCUAUAUGCAUGAACUGAUGCUUGAAGCAAAAAUAAAUUAAAAAUGUGAUCAAUAAGAGUUCUUUUAACUCAUGAUCAGCCAUUGAUGGUUUGACUGAAUAAGCUCAUCUUUGUACUCUAUCAUCAAUAAUCAAUUUAAUAAAGUUGCUCAUGAAA